AUGUUUCGUGGAGCAUCAGGGCUGGGUCUCAGAGGCCUGAAGGGGGUCGAGGGCUCAGGGGAGGACUUGGGGGGUUCUUAUCCGGAGGCAGUGAGGGAUUUUGGGGUACUGAAGGAGAACGGCGCCCCCCGCGGGCUGGGAGAGGGAGAGGAGACGGCGGCCCGAAAGCGCGUCAGGCCCGUGCGCUCCAAGGCGCGGCGCAUGGCUGCCAACGUGCGGGAGCGCAAGCGCAUCCUGGACUACAACGAGGCCUUCAACGCGCUGCGGCGGGCGCUACGGCACGACCUGGGCGGCAAGAGGCUCUCCAAGAUCGCCACGCUGCGCAGGGCUAUCCACCGCAUCACCGCGCUCUCGCUGGUCCUGCGCGCCAGCCCCGCGCCUCGCUGGCCCUGCGGCCACCUGGAGUGUCACGGCCAGGCAGCGCGCAGCAAGGGCGCGAGAGACGAGGGCUCCAGCCCCCCGCGCCCCGCACCGCUGUCCGCAGGGCCCAGCCUCCCGCACCCAGACGCCUGCAGCUCCUUGGCGCCGCCCGCGCUGCGCUGUGCCCCGUGCUCGGCGCACACGCACACGCACCUGGUGAGGCCCCGGGCGGUGGCCGAGGCUCCCUGCUUGGCCCCGGCCUCCGGGGAAAGCUGGCGCCGAAGUUCUGGGGCGCUGUCGGCUGGACCACUUCCCUGGCCGCGGGGCUAUCUGCGAACCAGCCCUGGGCUGGGCUACCAGCACUCCUGA